AUGAAUCUGAAGAACUUGUGGCAUGCGCUCCCACUCACAUCCGGCUUCUUCGCAUCGACAUGUCCCUCAGAAAUCCACGCCACGAUCCCGGAAUCAGACGGCCACUGGGUGUCCGACCGCAGAUCAAGAAGUAUACAUCAGAUUCAUUCCCUGCUCGAGGCCUGCCCAGAAAUCACGACCCUUGACCUGCGAUUCGCGCUUAUCGGCUGCGUCGGUUUUCCGGAGCGAUGGAGUUUGCCCUUGAACCCAGCAGGCGGCACGAAGUAUGCAUCAGCAAUACAGGACCUCUCCCUCGAUGGCUACAACUUUGGCGACUCUGAUUUGAACUACAUCUCACUUUACGGAUGGGAUCACACGCUACAGUGGAUCACGUCGGGGAAUGCCUACAAGUUCCUAAAGUGGCGUCUCCUUCCGCGAGACCAGAGGGCAAAGACGAAUCUGGACUUGUGGCUCGAAGCCAUGGACUUUUCUCAACUUCAGAGCCUGUCAAUCAGGUGCGCUUCAUGCCGGGACAGCUCUACCGACUUGAUUGCAAAGCUCCUUGCUCCUAAAAUACCAAGCUUACAAUCCUUGUCUGUCGAAGGACCGGACAUGCUCGACUUCAUCCUGGCCAUACCGGCUGGCUCGCUCAACCAAUUGAUCUGGAUUAAGCCUCAAUAUUCUGAAGAAAAGAUCAGACUGAUCCUCGAGCACCACGGAAGCAGUCUCACCGUGCUGGAAUGGAGGAGCGCAGAAACUCUCUACCGCCCUCGCCCUCUCUUACCAAUGCUGAUCUUGCGAGACAUCGGACAACUAGCACCGCGUCUGAAAGCUCUCACCAUAGAUUUGAACCGCCACAACACAAGUUGGCCCUUGGACGAUAUGGCGACUCUUAUGAAGAGCAUCCCAGACACCCUUUCAAACCUGACAAUCUACUUUGAGAUGGCGAGCGAAUAUCGGCGGCAGAAGAACGACGACUACUGGGACGGCCGGGGAGAGAUCAUUGAGGAGUUUGCACGGCCUUUGCUCAAUUCUACGACCGCGCGAGAGCUGGCACAUUUCUUGCGAGACCGCGGCGGACAUUCUCUGGAGCAGGUGGAGUUCUUUGCGGGGGAUUGGGAGCGGGAAUGGGGCGAGCCGCUUCAGUUCACGGACUGGCUUCAUCAACGACGAGCAUGGAUUCACUGUGAUUUGGGGAAGAGAGGGGGAGAGAUUUUAUGUCAUGGGAAUGAUACUCUUGUGCCAAGGGUUGACCGGAGUAAUGUAUGA